GGUGCUGCACUAGCAUAGCUGUAGUUUUGCCGUUCUUUGACUCUCUUGGAGUGCGAUUUGGAGAAUGAGUCAAACAGGGCCCACAAUUCAUAAGCAUUUCUCAUACUGCAACUGAAGCUAUGUACUUAAAACAUCUGAUUCCUGUGACGGGAUUCCCAGAUUUUAUAUCGACAUUACCAUUGACAAGAAUGGAUGUGUUUACCGCCCUGACCCUGCUAUGUUUGUGUGGUGUGGCCAGUAUCGAUGGAACAUCGGAUCCAUAUCUUGAGCUAGAACUAUUCAAAUCAGCACCAAAGGAGAUUGUUCCUCAGUACCCAGAAUAUAAAAGUCUAACGAAAGACAAGUCUGGCGCUGCAGCAGUUCCCUACUCUGCACAGAAAAGGCGGGAACUAGGCUACACUGCGCAACGAAGAAGGGACAUCGGAUACACUGCACGAAAAAGGCGAGAUCUCGCAUACACUGCAGACAAAAGACGGGAACUUGGAUACACUGCACGAAAAAGGCGAGAUCUCGCAUACACUGCAGACAAAAGAAAUGAUCUCGCAUACACUGCAGACAAAAGAAAUGAUCUCGGAUAUACUGUGCGCAAGAGGCGAAAUCUCGCAUACACUGGAGGUAAAAGACAGAGACUUGGUUAUACUGCGCGAAAGAGACGGGUCUUGCAAAACAAUACGACCAUAAAACCAUGAUCCCUUGAUGAAUACAUCGACGUGGAAAACGUCAAUUUCGUUUUCAUUCAUGUCUGUAACUUGUGCUCAUGUAAAUAGAUGCAAAUAUAUAUUAUAGCACUGACACUAUACUCCAAGUACACUGUAACUAUAUGUAUAAGAGCACUCCCGCGGUACAACGUGUAUCAAUGACAGUAAAGCGGAACGAUGAGCAAUGGUAAACGUUCCUCAAAAGUAGAAAAUCUGUUUUACUUAAUACAAUGUACCAAAAAUCAUUAAAUAAUAACAAUAAAAGGUAUCUACUGCGAA